ACUCUGCGGCUGACUGCCUCUGCGCAUCCUCUCCGGGCUCUAACUCUGCAAACCGGACAGCACCCCCCGAGUCUGCCCCCGCCGUUAACAAACACAUAUCAGUCCGCUUCUGCACGGUUGUCGGUGUCACCGCUGCAGAGAGAGGCCUGCACGCCGAUGUGUGAGCUGCUCCACGGGACGCAGCGCUGCGGUUGAUCCGGUGUGGCCAUGGUGCAGGCGAGGACACCCGGACAUAUUCGGCUUGGAUGAAGGACGCGUUGCGCAUCGCAUAAACCGGGAGAUUGCUAAACGUCCCCGCGGUGAGGAAACCAGGAAGCCUUGGAAACAUUUGCCAAUAAUGAUUUGAAUCUCUGUUUUAGUGAAUUCUGAACUCUCACUUGGCCCGGGACGCAGGGAUAAUCAUCAAGGCCCCGCUGCUCGUCCCCGAGCCUCAUUUUGGGCACCACCCUGCCCAAAAUAGACCGAUCCCCGGCUGUUUGCCAGCCUGCUGUACGUGUGUUUGUUUAUUUGUUUGUACCCGCAGUGUUAGUCAGGGCGGUGUAAACAGUGCCAGCAGCUGCAGCCAUGAUGGAUGCGGCGGAGUGCGGGGUGAGGGUGAUGUGCCGCUUCAGGCCCCUCAACGCGUCCGAGAUAAACAGAGGAGACAAAUACAUCCCCAAAUUCAAAGAGGACGACACCGUGGUCAUAACGAGUAAACCGUACGUGUUCGACCGCGUGCUGCCUCCCAACACGUCACAGGAGCAGGUGUACGACCAGUGUGCCAAGCAGAUAGUUAAAGAUGUGCUGGGUGGCUACAACGGGACCAUCUUCGCAUAUGGACAGACGUCCUCCGGGAAGACGCACACCAUGGAGGGGAAACUGCACGACCCCCAGGGAAUGGGAAUCAUCCCUCGCAUCGCCCAAGACAUCUUUGACCACAUCUACUCCAUGGACGAGAACCUGGAGUUUCACAUCAAGGUUUCCUAUUUUGAAAUCUACAUGGACAAGAUCAGAGACCUGCUGGACGUGUCGAAGACGAACCUCUCUGUGCACGAAGACAAAAACAGAGUGCCCUAUGUCAAGGGCUGCACUGAGCGCUUCGUGUCCAGUCCAGAGGAGGUGAUGGACGUCAUCGAUGAGGGCAAGAACAAUCGGCACGUGGCGGUGACCAACAUGAACGAGCACAGCUCUCGCAGCCACAGCAUCUUCCUCAUCAACAUCAAGCAGGAAAACAUGGAGACGGAGAAGAAGCUGUCGGGGAAGCUGUACCUGGUGGACCUGGCGGGCAGCGAGAAGGUCAGUAAGACAGGAGCAGAGGGCGCCGUGUUGGACGAGGCGAAGAACAUCAACAAGUCUCUGUCGGCGCUGGGAAACGUCAUCUCAGCUCUCGCCGAGGCGACAAAAACCCACGUGCCGUACAGAGACAGUAAGAUGACCCGCAUCCUGCAGGACUCUCUGGGGGGAAACUGUCGCACCACCAUCAUCAUCUGCUGCUCGCCGUCCGUCUACAACGAGUGCGAGACCAAGUCCACGCUCAUGUUCGGACAGAGAGCCAAGACCAUCAAGAACACGGUGUCGGUGAACCUGGAGCUGACGGCCGAGGAGUGGAAGAAGAAAUACGAGCGAGAGAAGGAGAAGAACAAGAGCCUGAAGAACGUCAUCCAGAGGCUGGAGGCCGAACUCAACCGCUGGAGGAACGGCGAGAACGUUCCCGAGGAGGAGCAGCUGGCCUCUAAAGAUCAGAAGAGCGUCGAGCCGUGCGACAACACUCCCGUCAUGGACAACAUGCUGCCGCCCGGCGCAGCCGUCUCCGUCACCUUGGACGAGCGGAGCAAAUACGAGGAGGACAUCAGCAGCCUCUACAAGCAGCUGGAUGACAAGGAUGAUGAGAUCAACCAACACAGUCAGCUGGCUGAGAAACUCAAGGAGCAGAUGAUGGACCAGGAAGAGCUGCUGGCGUCGACGCGGCGCGACUACGAGAAGGUCCAGGAGGAGCUGUGCCGGCUGCAGGCGGAGAACGAGCUGGCCAAGGAGGAGGUGAAGGAGGUGCUGCAGGCCCUGGAGGAGCUGGCCGUCAACUACGACCAGAAGAGCCAAGAGGUGGAGGAGAGAGAUCACGGCAACAUGCAGCUGAUCGAGGAGCUGCAGCACAAGACGGUGUCGCUGUCGGUGGUGCAGAGGGAGCUGAGUCAGCUGCAGGAGCUGAACGGCCUGCAGAGGAAGAGAGCCGCCGAAGUCCUCAACCUGCUGCUGCGAGACCUCAGCGACAUCGGCGCCGUCAUCGGCACCAGCGACGUGAAGACUGCCGCGUCCUCAGAGACGAAGGGGAACGGCUCGGCGGUGGAGGAGGAGUUCACCGUGGCUCGCCUCUACAUCAGCAAGAUGAAGUCCGAGGUCAAGUCUCUGGUGAACCGCAGCAAGCAGCUGGAGAGCGCUCAGGCCGACGCCCACCGCAAGAUCCAGGCCAAUGAGAAGGAGCUGGCGUCCUGUCAGCUGCUCAUCUCCCAGCACCAGGCCAAGAUCAAGUCUCUGACUGACUACAUGCAGAACAUGGAGCAGAAGAAGAGGCAGCUGGAGGAGAGUCAGGACGCUCUGACCGAGGAGCUCGCCAAGCUGCAGGCUCAGGAGAAAAGGUUUGAGGCGCAGGGGAAGGAGAAGGAGAAGGAGGACAUCAGCAGACUGGAUGGAGACGAGGACAUCAAGAAAGCGCUGGAGGAGCAGCUGGAGAACCACAGGGAGGCUCAUCAGAAGCAGCUCAGCCGCCUCCGAGACGAGAUCGAGGACAAGCAGAGGAUGCUGGAUGAACUCACAGAUCUGAACCAGGGUCUGUUGUUGGAGCAGGAGAGACUCGUGUCGGACUACGACAAAGUGAAGGCCGAAGAGCAGGAGAAGGAUGCCAAGCUGCAGAAACUCAUACUGCUGAAUGAAGAGAGGGAGCAGGCCAGAGAGGACUUGAAGGGCCUGGAGGAGACUGUGGCCAAAGAGCUGCAGUCUCUGCACAACCUGCGCAAACUCUUCGUGCAGGACCUCACCACGCGGGUGAAGAAGAGUGCAGAGCUGGACUGUGAGGAGGGACUCGGCAAUGUGGCCCAGAAACAGAAGAUCUCCUUCCUGGAGAACAACUUGGAGCAGCUCACCAAGGUCCACAAGCAGCUGGUUCGAGACAACGCAGACCUUCGCUGCGAGCUGCCCAAACUGGAGAAGCGUCUGCGGGCCACGGCCGAGCGCGUCAAAGCCCUGGAGAACGCCCUGAAGGAGGCCAAGGAGAACGCCAUGAGGGACCGCAAGCGCUACCAGCAGGAGGUGGACCGCAUCAAGGAGGCCGUCCGCGCCAAGAACAUGGCCAGGAGGGGGUUCUCCGCACAGAUCGCAAAGCCCAUCCGACCCGGCCAUCAUCCACUGUCCUCCCCCAUCAGCGUCUCCAUCAGAGGCGGCGGCGUCUACGCCCACAACAACUAGAAACACAAGUUAACACUACAGACCAUGAAUAACUGACGCAUGCCCACCACCACACCUGGAACCACAAGCCCCGCCCCUCCCGCUGGAGCACCAAUGGGAGGCCAUCACGACAGACUGUCGCCGCUCAGAGAAGCAACAUCCACAGUGUAUAUACCGAUCCAAACACAUUUGAUUUGCUGAAUGUAGAUAUCAGAGGCCUCAUUUAGAAAACGAUCACAACCAGACGUCUGACGUCUGACGUCCUCCAGAUGUUGGAUUUGUACUCGUACGCAUUCUGUUGCAUAAUUACAAGCGGAACCAUUUCAAUGAGGCCCAAAUGAGAAGUUCAGCAGGUAACAUUCUUUUGAUUAUGAUUUAUGAGUGUGAGUUUGAGCAGAACAGGUAGAUCUUUAAUAUUUAACCAGCGUUCAUUCAUUUAAAGGAAUAAUUUGACACACUGAUUCCCUUUCAUCAGAGCAAACACGGGAAGUUCCCAAAAGGUCAAACUAUUCCUUUAAGAGAUGUUUUCAGGAGGAGCAGUCAACGCCACUGCAGCCAAAUCCUUUUGAGUGUCUCACCUUGAGAAAGUUAAAUGUUACUUUGUGCAGGCCAAACGUGUUCCCACUUUGCAUUCCUGCACUAACACCUUGUGUUCUUUGACACCUCCCCAGCGACUGUCGCCUCUUGCGUCUCCCUACAGGUGACAAUCAAGAAACAAACACGAUGAGGCUUCAAAUAAGUCUGCCCCCUCCUGAGAUAUUCAAAGAGGAAAGGAUUAGUGAUUGUAUCUGGAGUCCUGCAGGGACACUGACCAACCAAUCAGGCGUUCCCGGGACUCCAGGUUCUUAUUACCACAGAAGGGACAGAGAAGAAUAUUCUGCCCUCACGCUGUAAAGCUCCUGAUCAGCCAAUCAGAGACCUUAAACACGCCGUCUAAUGAAUUUCCCUCGAAUACAUUCAAAAUCCUAAAAAGUCUGUUUCCCACUCUGCCACACCUUGUGCCUUCAGAAACACCUGGACUCAAAUGUAAAAAACAAACACCUUUGCAAGGUUUUGCAGAAAGACUUCCUUUCAAAAUGGAAAGCAACAGAUUGUAAUAAAUGAGAGCCCGUCAUUCCCGAUUAAAGAUGCGUGACGCGUGUGCUGCUUCGUCUUCGUGCUGCCAGUUUAGCAUGUUUUUGAAUGCACAGCAUCUCAAGAUGACACCUUUUGUUUGCGGACGGCCGGCGAUGCAAAGGGGAAGUGUGUAGGCAACAGAGCGUCAGGAGAAUAUCACGACUGAGCUUCUUUAUUUCAUGUCCGAUGAGUGAGGACGGCUUGCAGUCACUGAAUGUAACCGCAUGGACUGGAGCGUGUGUUAAAGGCAUGCUCGGGGAGGGACGCACUGUGGCAGUUUGAAUGAACCGUGCAUUUACAUUUUGCAAAAUGUUUUGUUUGACUGUGGCAUCGUGUCUCCAAAUAUACCUACAACUGAUGCAUUUAAAGCUAAUAAAGAUAUAUCUAUUUAACUUUCA